CAGAGAGGCGGGAGAGCGCGACGCGCACUCGAAGCUCGCUCGCUCGUCGUUCCGCGUCUCCGUACACACCGCAACACUGUGCGGACCCGUCGCGUUCCGUCUCGUUCCUCUCGCGCGUUCGCCGUACGUGACGUCCUCUCGCGAUCCCUCGUCCACGUCGUCCGUUCGCGACGCGGGGGUAAUCGAGGACGCCGAGGUGUUGUGGAAUCCGCGCACGAAUCAGCGCUCCUCGGGUAUUCGGGCUGCUGCGAGCUGCGAUAGUCCAAGUGCGUCGAAUGAUGCUCGCCCUUUUCGCGAUGCUGUGAGAAGAGUGGACCGAUCUUGCGAGAGCCAGUGCCGAAAGGAUUGCCGUCGCUGACGCCGUCUCCCGAUUUGUCGGUGCGUCCUGUGUCGAUUGUUGAUUCUCGUGGUCUCGUGGUCGCGAAGUCUGUGAAGUGUCGUCGAUUCGCGCCGCAGCGCGCAGAGAGGAAGCGCGACGAGGUGAUGCACGAAGAGAUGCGCGACGCGAACGAGAGGUCGGCGUCCGGUUUUGUCGCGGCGGAACUGCAGCUUCCUCGCCUGGCGGUGCAUCGUCGAUGCUGAAUCGCGUGCUUGGCACGUACGCGGUGGUGGUGGUCCUCGAGCGGACUCUUUCGCGCGGAUGACAGCUGGACGUUUUCGCCGCGAGGGUGACAGUGAGAUCCUCGAGCUCAGUUGAGCUGGGAAGAGACGAGUCUCUCGCGUCGCCGAGAGUUCGAGACACGCCGUCGGUGAUAUCCGACGAGGACUACUGCGCGAAUCGGGUGGUGAUCGGUAGUGAUGCCGUGAUGGGCUGCAGCUCGAGAUCGUUCUUCCUGGCCACGCUCCUCCUCGUGGCUGGAUUACUGUCGAUCGCGCUGUUCGCCGAGAUAUCUUGCGCGACACGCUUAAGACAACGUCCUACGGAUUCUCCGAGAGGAGGCUCCGUGAACGAGGCUGGGGUUUUUGCGCUACGAGGCAGGCAGGAGGGUAGUCGGCGUGCCAGGCGAACUACCACCAGCACGACGAGCACGACGUCUGGCUCGACGUUGAUACCUUUACCUGAUGAAGUGGUACAACCCGCGGCUCUUUUGGCCCCCGAGGAGGAGUCAUGGUCUACCAGUUCUUCCACCACGACCAACAUUGCUCUAUCCUCAGACAUGGCCGACACGUCGUCCAAUCCGCCGCUGGAGCUCGUAGUGAAGCCUCACAGUAAAGUCAUCUUACCCUGCGAACUGGAAGGAAAUUACUCGAGAUUAUUGCUGCCAGGAGCAAGAAGUUACAGAAUACGACCGGCGACGUGGCUGCACGAGGGUAGUCCGGUGGAUAUGAUCACGAUAGACACGAGAACGGAGAUGAGCGGAACCGGGCACCGGUACAUCGGCGACUCGACAACCGCGCAAUUGCACAUAGAUAACGUUAGAUUAGAGGACGACGGUGUGUGGAGCUGCACGCUGGAGGACGACCGGGGGAAGAUCCUUUUCGGCAAACCGGUGAAACUGGUCGUGCUCGAGGCACCUCGUGGGACGUAUCUGCUGAUAGAUGGCCGCCGGCUGGAUCCCGGAAACCAGUUUGUGCCGGUGAAGGAAGGCUCGGAGCUUACUCUCGAAUGCGCAGCCGAGGGUGGAAACCCACCGCCCAUCUUGGCGUGGGGCAUGACCUUGUCUCAAGCCACUUUAGACGGCCCGGAACAACCGCCAGACAACCUCACCGUGUUGCCCUCAACAUCCGGCAGGCGCAGCGGGGCUCACCUAAAGGUCUUGAGGGGACAUCACAACGCCACCAUCGUUUGUGUCGCCCGCCACAUUACGCUGAUGAUACCGAUGAACGCCAGCAUCCUGCUCGACGUCCAAUAUACUCCAUCGUUCGCGAUAACGCGUUUACCUGGUUUUGGAAUUCCGAUCGUCGAGGGGAUGUCUGUCAGCCUGAAAUGCGAGGUAGACAGCAAUCCAGCCAGUACUCCAAUUUGGCAGCGCGACAAUGGACCGCCCCCCGUGGAGCAGAGCGAUGACGGAUGGUUGAACUUCACAAAAAUCACUCGGGCCGAGAGCGGCUGGUACAAGUGUUACACGCGGCAUAUGCUCGGCAUUUUCACCAGCAUCGGAUAUUUUCUCAACGUUCGCUAUGAUCCAGAUAUGGAGACCGAGGCGGAAGCGCUGAACGGCGAGGCGACCGAUUCCCGAAGGAUGGAAGUGCAAAUCGGUGGCGCUGUGACCCUCGAGUGCGACGGCGGCUGUUGGGGCCACGGGCCCGGAAUGGAUCCGGUUGGAGGGCCCGGGCCCCUCGCUCUGAGCCGGGUGGUCUACCAGGAAGCCGGGGAGUAUCGAUGCGUCGCGCCCGAUCGGAAAAUGCAGGACACGUGGCGAGCUCAGUUACCCUAUCACAUCAAGGUUACCGGGCCACCCAUGGUUCAUCCGUCGAGUCAAACGGUAACGGCGAACGAGGGCGAGCCCCUGGACAUCAUCGUCGAGUUCUGUGCCCGGCCGAGCUACACAAAGGUUCUCUGGAUAUCGGAGGAGCGUGUGUAUACGCCGGAUGCACCCUCCCGCGACGGGGUUCGAGCACUCGCAAUCGAGGACGGCGGCACGGAGUCAUGUUACAGGACGACCCUGCGUUUCGAGACGAUUCAGUGGUCCCACGCGGGAGAAUGGUUGUUGCUCGUCCGUUCAUCGGCAGGGAUCGCCGACGCUUCCGUUCUACUCAACGUGACGCACGCUUCCGGUUACAGUCAUGCCCACAUCCGAUCGGCGAGUAUCACGUAUCUUCUGCUCUGUUUGACCCUGCAGGCGAUCCUGCGGGAACACCGUCGCUGAGACGACAUGCCCAAUGGAGAUUUAGACGGAAGAAACUUUGGCAAAAUUCCUAGAGAUACGGAAAGCUCGUACGUCAGCUUUCCCAAUGGCGAGAGGAAAAAAGGGAAGCUUCUUUGUAUAUAACGUCGAAAUUCUUUCUCCGAAAGAAUUUCCCCCCGCGCGAUUCUCGCGUCAACGAGACGCACAAUUUGCUCGACAUGCCGCGACGCGACACUUGCGUGUCUACGACGUUACACGAAUACAAUGAAACCACGGAUGGAAGCUCUGCUGACGCGCCUUCGGGUCGGAUUAUUACGGCCUCGGUGUGUUCCUCGGAUCUCGUGAUCGGUCCUCUUCUGUUCUACUCCGGAACGCGAUUCUGAAAGACGCGUUUACGAAUGUACGAUCGCGCGAAAGCGCACGGACCGCUGCCGUCGUCGUGUGUAAAACCUUAGGCAAGCUCGCGUCCGCACGAACGAGUCCCCGUGUGAUCGAGACACGAUUAAAAUUCGAUUUCUCUGGCCUUAUAUGUGAGAAUAGUGGAGGAAAGAUUGGAGAGAGGAAUAGAAGGGAAAGGAAGGGAUCGCGCGGGCGACGGGAUACGUAUUUACAUAGAGUGAAAAUUUGUAAACUAUGAAUCCGUGCGCGCGUGUACCGCACAUACGCGCGAUUCGCCAUACAUGUAUAUACUUGUAUAGGUAAUAAAUAAAUAAGCCGAUGUUUGCGAAUUGUGGAACGGUGUUUCCGCGUGUAGAGAUUCGAACGAAACGGUUACCAAUUCUUUUCUUUUUUCCCCCCUUUCUUUCUUGCCGCUGGCGAAUUUUUCGCGAAUGAAAAAAACAAGAUACAGUUAAAUUGCGGUCGAACGAACUCGGAUGGAUCGACUUUGUGCCGAACUGUAAUGUAUUAAUAUUGCGAAACAAAUCCGUGACGCAAAUACGACGAGCGAUACUGCUCGUAAUAAUAACGAAAUAAUAAAGUAUGAGCCGGCAGGAAGGUGUGACGUAAUAGAAUAAAAAGAUAAUUACAAAUUUUAACGAGGGAUACGCGGUCUCCUGUACGAAAGUAUAUGGACACGCUACCGGACGAGAGAAACUUAAUUGUGCAACGUCAAAUAUUCCCAAAGAUAGGGGCGACUAAAAUAAAUUGUUGUAUAUUAUUUAGAAUAAGUAGAGUUUGAUAGUAUGUAUAUAGUGACUGUAAAUGCGUAGGCUAUCGUACGCCCGUACACGACGAAUUAUACAGUGACGCUGUUAGAGAUAUAUUUAUUAUUCGUUGAUAUAUUUUUAUAAAGUUUUAUUUAGCCAUAAGUUCUCGUUCGCCUUCCCCCCCGAAUCUCGUUCGCACGAUCACAAUGCUCGUUUCGUUGAUUGAGGCCGAGGAGCAAAGCGGCGGUAGUCGCUUUGCGUUUUACGAGCGUUUCAACGAGAACCAUUACAAUAAAGUACACUAUGUCCUGUGAACGUCCUAAAUUGAAUUUAGCUGUAGCUCAUCGUGAGAAACAUGGACAUUGUUGUCUUUGCGAUACUUUGAUCUAUCCGAUUGGGAAUGGAACGUAGCGCGGCGUAGCGAUCCCGUUCCAAUCAAUUCUUCGCUUCUUUCGAGGAUCCUUAAGGUAACUUUUUCGUAAAUUCGGUGGUUCCUAAUUUUUGUAAAAAUAGAAUUUGUACUCGGCUUACCGACGACUAAUGCUAAAUCUUUGUCGCCGGUAAUGUCUUACCCGCGCGCGUGACUGCAGUCGGUACUAUCUAUAGAUACGAAAUAAACAUACCUGAUGUCUUCAUGUUAAUUUAGUCGACUUUGACGAACCCGAGUUUUUUUUCAGAUCGCUAAGGUGUUACAAGUAAGCAACGUGGUGUAAUCGUUGUACCCAAUGAUGCCUAAGAGUCCAAUAAAUGAUAUUUACAAUAA